AUGCACAAUAACCACCUGACUCCUCCUCCUUUAGGUUCCGUUACCAAGACCAGUAACUUGGCCAACUUCUACGGAGGAGAAAACCUGUGGCCGGAGUCAGGCUGGAAGCCCUCGGAGGGGGAGAAGUCCGACGGUAAGGUGGUGAACGAGCGGAGAGCCCCGGACCGCGACCUGCUGGCCUCGCUGGCGCCUGAGUACGCCGAGAUCGACUCCCUCGGCACCUUCACCGCUGGCAAGAAAGGGGACCUGGAUGUGAGCGCUGAGGCGUACGCUUCUGCCUCCGUCCUAGCGGCUUGUAACAGGAAGAACAAGCAGUCGACGGAGAAGUUCCUGUCAUUGCCGCAGUGUGUGCCGCUCUUGAAGGGAUCCCACCACCUCCUGCAGGGUCAGUCCCAGCAGCAGCAGCAACAGCAGCAGGAGGACUACAGCUGCAGGCUCUCCAAGGACGUACUCAACAACACAGACAACGAAGACAAAUCAGUGACGGAAUCCAAGCGACCGUUCUUCAUCGAGACCUCUUCCCCGACGUUGAUAGGUUCCUCGAGUCUGUCUUUCAACUGCACCGGAGCCCAGAGGAUGACCUCGACCCCAAGGGGCGCCCUCAGCACCACGCUCAGCGGCCACCACCUGUCCCGUCACGCCCCUGGCAAGGGCGGGGUGUCUCCCUACAGCGUGAAUCCCUUCACCUCUCAGCCUCACCUCCUGCAUAAGGGUGUGGCCUUGACCCUACGAGACCUGGUGCCACCCCCGCCGCCACACCCUCCUCCAGGGGCCCACAGACACCGGGAGUUCUCCAGGACCAACACACUAGAGGAGCUGCCGUACGCCUGCUAUUCCUCGACCCGGGUGGCCUCCCCGCGCCCCUCCCGUACCGCUAGCCUCGAGGGGGGCGGCUCCCCCUACGGUGGCUCCACCAACACUUACCAGAGCAUCGACGGCCUCACCGACGCCCUACGUCGUGACGACGACGUUCGUUGCUGCUCCCACUCCUGCAGCCAUGGCCAGUGCCAUUCGCACCAUGGCCAUGGCCACGGCCACUCCCAUGGCCGCUGCAGCACCUGCGGCUCACGCAACUCAUCGUCGUCUUCGUGUCGGCGCAACAGCGGUCGCACCAGCCGUUGCGGUCACGUCAGGUCGGGCCGGACCUCGGGGGGAUCAAUGCACUCCUUAGCCCGGCCGUGCUGCCAUGAUCCUACCCGUGUUUCCCCGUAUGAGUCGACGGCGCCCGCAAUUCCCUCACACGCCUAUCGGCCCAAUUUCUACGGUUGGGCCUCGCCCCCGGGGUCCCCGGCGAUGGACGACGGCAGGAUGGGACCCCGACGGCAAGUGUCCCUUGACAGCGAUGCUCUGCUGAGGUCCGAUCAGACGCAGGUCUACGCGGCGGGAGGCUCCAUCCGCUCUGAUGGGGAGUACUGGUGUAGCCGCGAUGCCGCCAGCGUCUACGGAGGGUCGACGCGCUCUGCCGGGGGCGAGACUGGAGUCGGAUCCAGAGCCGGACCACAGGGAGUCUCCCCGGAUUCCAGUGCCGUGGAGGGCGUGCCGAGUGACGCCGUGUCCUGCGGCUCCUGCGAGGACACGGAGGCCUCCUUUUACGCUUCAUGUGAUAAGCAGACGAAAUUAUAAAUCC